ACUUUUUCGGUAGGAACACGAUUCGAUACAGUAUGCAACACCCUUUAGAAUCUUGUCAUUUUUAAAGCCACAACUUAAUAUGCAACAACUUAUGCUGUUCCGUGUUAGUGUUCUUGUUUUAUUAAUUGUUGGAUUUAUUCUAUGUUUCUUGUCUUUGGUACUGCCUUAUUGGAUAAUGUUUAACAUGGCUUCCGUCUCUGGUUAUCAGGGAUUAUUCUUUACAUGCAUCUACAAUCAUGGCGGUGAUGUUCCUUGUAGCAGUAUCAUGGACUCCAACGUGUACGGGAGUUACAAGAUUUCACAAGUGUUUAUGGGCCUAGGGUUUUCUUUGUACUUCAUUAGUGUUGUCUUAGCCUCUAUGACGUUCUUCUGGACACGUGACUUGAAAAAAAUAAGAGUGAUCAAGUUUGCUGCUGCAUCAUUUGCCUUUCUAACAGCGAUUUGCUUGAUUGUCGCUGUUGUUGUAUUUAACAACACACGUGACAAAGAAACAGAAACUAUAACUACUGGAUGGUAUAUUGCAGUUGUUAGUCUUGGUUUUGUUACUUUCGCCUGCCCAUGUUAUAUUGUUGAUGGGUGUCAUACGAUCAAACAAAAAGACGAAAAAGCUUCAACUGCGAAUAUAGCUCCUUGUCCUACCGCCCUGACUGUCUAUCAAAGACAGCAAUUAAUAGAUGGCUUCAAUAAUCAAAUGUCCAAACAGCAAAGCCAGUUACCAGAACCACUUGGGUUAAAAGGUAAAUUUUCCGUCUUAUAUGUCGGAACAAACAUAGAACAUCCUCCACCAAAACCGAUAAUACCUGUAGACAGCGAUGACGAUACUAAUAAAUCAAUGAAAAUGGAACCUUUAAAACAACCCAUGGUUAUUCCACCGUCUUCUGAGUAUACCUUUAAAACGAUAUAUGACGAUGAUGACAACAAAGACAAAUUUGUUCAUCCACCUCCAAAAAUCGUAAGUUCAGAUACUCCUCUUAAAGACAUUUUAUUCAGAAACUUACAAACUUAUUCUGGUUAUGAUAGUGAUGUAUCCAGGAAAUCUAGUUGCUAUAGUUUGGAGAGUGGUCAGAUUGAUGAUAGCGAUCUUGAAAUUUAUUUGCUCACAAAAGGUUCUAGGUCAAAUAGGGGAAGUGAGGAAGACCGUCCUCCUAGUCGUGAAGCAUUCGGUAAAAAGAAAAUUAAGAAAAAACAUAAAGUGACUUCACAAAUUGUCGAUGGAAAAAACGUAACGGAGAUCGCACACGAAGGAUUACCUACGAUAAAUAUUAUUGGUCCAGACAGAGAGUCAAGUGAUUAUAAAGGAUCCAUUCCUCUUCAUGGGUCAUCAAGUACACGACCAAGAGAAGAAGAAAUAUUAUUACCAUCUGAAGCUGAAAAUGAUGAUGACACAGAUUACAAAGCUAAUAACAAAACGACAUCUAAACGUUCGAGCAGACGUCAUCAACCCGAACAUGGCAAUGAGGCUUAUGCAAAAUCAGAUGAUGAAAUUUACACAGCAAAAUAUGGCGCAAGUUCUCCAUAUACAGAAAAGAAAGACGUAGACAACGAAAAGGGGGGAUAUGAUGAUAAAAGACAAAAACCUCGAAAACCGUCUAGUAAGCGAAAGAAACAAAAUCGUAGUGGAACGAAACAUAUGGAAGGAGACAGUUCAAUGUCUCUCAAAGAUUUGAAUACAACGAAAGGAGAAAUACCGAACGAAGCAACCGGACAAGGGGCUGUUGGAUAUUGUAUAGGCGGUGAAGUCUGCACAGGAUUGCCGAAAGAAAAUACAACUUCUUCUGACCAGGCAGUGGGUAAAGAUAAUAAAAAACUCUCUAGUAAACGCAAACAUAAAAGCAAAAACAAGCAUGGCGAAAAAUUUGAAGAACUGGCUAUUGAAAAAGAAAAGUACGGACAACAUGAUGAUGGAGACAAGACACAUAGGUAUGAUGACGAUGAAGAAAAGAAAAACAUCGGCAACGAAAAAAACGACAAAAACAGGAGGACACGCCAUUCAAGUAAAAAGAAGCAUACUAAACCCUAUGUUGGUACGAAACUUACAUAUGACAAGGUUGAAACAGAUUUGGACAAAGGGGAUUGUGAUCCUACAGCUCAAAUACAGCAAGAUGAAACAUCCGCAAUUGUUGAACAAAUACUGAAAAUUCCACUAAAUGUGGAAAACGAUGACACAAAACUAUAAAUAAUCGCUAUAUAUAUAUAUAUAUAUAUAUAUCAGAAAAAAAAUAGAUGUUCUUAUAUUCCAAUAUUAUAUUUUAUCU